AUGGUUCCUAAGGUUUCUGUUAUUAUAUCGUCAUCAAGUGGGGUACUGAGAACUACACCCUCGGGAUGUGACAUCAUCACAAUGGAUCUCAUGUACAUUAAUUGCUCAAUGCUUUUGAUUUCCUUGGCACAGAUGGAAUCACUCAAUGUCAAACUCUACGAGAAAUACAAGAAUUUGAAGAAAAGGAAGUUCACAGAGGAGGAGGAGUGGAACCAUACAAGAGAUGCCGAGUUGAGAAGUUUUCAGUCUGCUGUGGAGGACUUGAUAGAAGAGUUGAAUAAAGAAAACAAGGGGCUUCAUCAACAGCUGGAUUCAUUUCAGGAGAAAUAUGAUGAAUGUAGAAUGUUACUGCUUGAAGAGGGCAAGAAAUCCAAAGAGCUCUCGGAUGAAGUUGAAAAACUUAAGAAUCUUUUAUUGAAGAAGAAAGAUAUGAAUAACACUCUGUUGUUUACAUCUCCAAGUACAAAUUCUAAAGUUAGAUCUGAAGAAAUAUCUAAAAGCCCUCCAGGCCAGAGAAUAACAGAACCAUGCGAGGAAAAUGGAACUCAACACAAAGUGUCGACAAUCGUUACUUAUAAUAACAAAAAAACUGGUACCAGUAUGCUUUAUCAUCCUGGGGUAGAGAUGAAUACAAACAACGUUAUGGCCCUUACUAUGUAUGAGCUUGUUUGCCGCAAACACCUAAUAGUUGAGCCGGCUUAUGGAGAUUGUUGUCUUCUAAAAUUGGACCCUACUGUGUUUGAGCUUGUUUUGCCCAGACACCUAAUGAUUGAGCUUGGUAAGCAAUCAGACGAUCGCAGCAAUUUCAUAUUCCAGACUCUUAUGAGGUUCUUAGUGGGCAUGGAUUUUUAUGUCGAUAAUCAAACUGAAAGCCCCUCAAUUUUGGUGGUUCACAAAACUAGUGGUUACAGCUUUAGCUUGACAUGGAUACAACAUGAAGGUGAUGAAGGUGAGUGGAUGUAUCAUGUUUCUUCACUAGGGACUUUAGAGAGCAUAGCUUGGGAUUGGAUGAAGGAAGACAUCAUAUUCAGCGCAGUCAUGUGUCGCGAUUUCUUUGAAAGGGUAUCGCUCAUCAUCGGGCGAAUGUGA